CUUUUCCCUCCCCUCUUCUUCCCUCCCUGGCAGGCUAAUAGAGCCAGCGCACAUGCUCACAGAUGCUGGGGCUGCCCAGGGAGCGGCUGGCUGCCAGGGGCCAUUUCAAAGAGAGCUUUGCCGGGCAUGCAACGCUAGAAAGGAGAAAUCGAGAGGGAGCCAGGCAGAAGCGCGGCUUCGUGUGGCGGAGGAACGGCACGUGGGGAGCAACCCUGACCCGACCGGAGCGGCCCCGCGCUGACGUCACGCGCCCGGGCCGGACCUGCUCCCGCGCUGACGUCACGCGCCCGGGCCGGACCUGCUCCCGCGCUGACGUCACGCGCCCGGGCCGGACCUGCUCCCGUGCUGACGUCACGCGCCCGGGACGGAUCGCUCCUGCCGACGUCACGCGCCCGGGCCGGACCGCUCCUGCGGACCCACACCCAAGACGGCCCGGAAGACGCGCCGGGGCUGGGCUUGUCUCACAAUCCCCGAGUUUCUUCCCUGACCUACGGGCCGUCCAGCCGAGUUUGGGCACCUGUGGGGGGCAGGGGAGGAGACAGGUGCAAGGGGGAGGGGCGAGAACCCCACCACUGCUAAUAUUCCUCAGGCAACUGUCCGUGGAGCUCAGCGAUCCGCGCCGUCGGGAUAAACCCGGUCGACCUUGUGUGGAUUGCCAUGCUUUUGAGUUCAUGCAGAGAGCCCUCCAGGAUCUGAAGAAGACUGCCUAUAAUCUUGACACACGGACAGAGACCCUCCUGCUACAGGCUGAAAGAAGAGCCCUGUGUGAAUGCUGGCCAGCAGUGUCGUAGCCAAUCCCUGUUUCUACCCUGCAGUUAGAAAACCCCCCAAACUGCAGGAAACUUUGGCUCAAGAUGUUCCUCCCCAAAAGAAAAGGGGUUGUUCCUUCUCCUUCCCCCAGAGCACAUCGCCCCUGCUUCUGCCUGCAUUGCCUCAGCUGUGGCCCCCCGCACUGUGAACUGUCUCUGGCCCAGGGACCUCCCGGCACAAAGCGCCUUUGUCUGGGGUCCCUCCCACCCCCUUUUCAGGACCCCUCACCCCCAUCUGGGCCCUGCCUCCCAUCCAUUCCAAGGUGCUAAGGUAUUAUUGACAAGGAGAGCUCCCAGAAGCUACAAGCAUCAAGGGGUGCUUUAGGCCAUUUCAGUGAACAUUUGGCCCUUUCAUCUUCCUGCUGCCUCGUUUUGAGUGUCUCUGGCCCUCUUUUUCUUCUUUCUCCUCUUUCCUUCUCUUUGUCUCUCUCCCAUCCCCGUUCCUCCCUCUCCC